AUGUUCUGCCUCAGAUGCAGAUUUUCAGGAUAUUACACAGCAGAUGGGCGGAGAGCUGAAGAGAUUUCCUCUGAGGCUUUACAGCUCGUAGUGACAGAGUCGGUCCGGCUGAGCAACAUGACACACACAGGAUGUUUUAUAUGGAUUUUCUUCUCCUUGUGGGGUAUAACUGUGUGUGAUCUGCCUCAUGUAAUAAAGUACCAAAAAGCCAUACCUCAGAGGCUGAUGGACUGGUCUCAUGUGAAGGAUGCUGCUGUAUAUAAGAAAUACCCUGAUGUAGUCCAAUACUCUGUGAGUAUUGCAGGGAAAAACUACACUCUGCAUCUGGAAAAGAACAAGGAUCUUGUUGGAAAUAAGUUUACUGUGACAUACUAUUCUGAUCAGGGUACCCAAUUGACAGCUACUCCAGAUUAUUCGGUUCACUGCUACUACCAUGGACACGUCGUGGGGGUGGAGGACUCCUCUGCCAGCAUUGAAUUGUGCUCAGGAAUUAAAGGAUUUGUGACCCUCCAAGAUGAGAUGUACCUCAUCGAACCUCUGCCAGGUGAGGAGACGGGACGGCGAGAUGACGGACAGAGCUCUGAGGCCCACAGUGAUGACCGUCCUCAUGCUGUUUACAACUACAAACACCUGAGGAGGAAGAGGAGCUCCUGUUCCCAUGGAAACACAAGCACGUUCUAUGAUCACGGAGCUCGUCCGUCUGGACUAUUCCAGCUUGGCAGUCUGAAAAGCAGAGCCCAGACCAAAGACCUUAAAGACAAACCCAGAACAGUGGAGCUGGUUUUGGUAGUAGACAACACUGAGUAUAAAAAGCUUGGCAGUAAGAAGACAGUCGAGACCAGAAUGCUUGAGAUAGCAAACCAUGUGGAUAAGUUGUACCGCCAUGUGGGUGUUCGCGUGAUGCUGGUCGGACUGGAAAUCUGGACGCAGAGCGAUCAGAUCGAGGUCAGCACAGACCCCGACCUCACUCUUGUUCGCUUUAUCGAGUGGCGUAAGCAGCGCCUGCUGCCGAGGAGCAAACAUGACAACGCUCAGUUCAUCACAGGAGUUGAUUUCGUUGGCUCUACUGUUGGAUUGGCAAACACCAAAGCAAUGUGCACCUCAAGCUCCGGAGCUAUCAAUGAGGACCAUAACACCAACUCAAUUGGAGUGGCCUCCACCAUAGCACAUGAAAUGGGUCACAAUUUGGGCCUGGUCCACGAUACUGAAGAAUGUAUCUGUGGAUCUUUUGCAUUCAAAAAAGGCUGCAUCAUGGCCGAGAGUGUUGGCUUCGUGUUUCCCAAGCAGUUCAGCAGUUGCAGUCUGCAGCAGCUCAGCACCUUCUUGGAGGAGGUCAACCCUGCCUGCCUGCUGGAUACUCCCUCCACUGAACGCAUCUACGGUGGAGCAGUUUGUGGAAAUGCCUUCUUAGAGCCUGGAGAAGAGUGUGACUGUGGGACUGUGGAGGAAUGCAAGAAUCCCUGCUGCAACGCCACCACUUGCAAGCUGAAUGUGGGAGUUCAGUGUGCAGAAGGAGAGUGCUGCCACAACUGCCAACUGAAACCAACAGGCAGCAUCUGCCGACCAAAAUCCGGAGACUGCGACCUGGCAGAAUACUGCACUGGCCUCUCUGCAGCAUGUCCUGCUAACACCUUCACCCAAAACGGCCUGCCGUGCGACUAUGGAAAAGGCUACUGCUACAACGGGCAAUGUCCGUCACGACAAGAUCACUGCAAGAGGCUUUGGGGACCAGACGCUGAAGUAGCUGCAGAGGAUUGCUUUUAUCUGUAUGGAGGGUGCAGGAAGAGGUUAACCCAGACGUGCUCCAACCGAGAUCAAUCUUGUGGAAAGCUCUUCUGCUCUGGAGGAAGGGAGUUUCCAGUGACGAACAAAAAGUCCUUUUAUAAAGUAGGAAAUGGAGUCAUAUGCAACGAGGCAGCCAUGAACCCUGAGGACAACUACCCGUCGGAUCUCGGGAUGGUGCCUACUGGCACCAAGUGUGGCGACAACAUGGUGUGCUACAAUAAAAAAUGUGAAGACAUCAAAAACAUAAAAUCGUACGGAACAAACGACUGCUCGUCCAAGUGUAACAACCACGGGGUGUGCAACCAUGAGAGUACGUGCCACUGCGAUCCUGGCUGGGCUCCUCCGUUUUGUGACGUGAAGCUGUCAGAGCUGACAGAAGAGUCGAGCCUGGUUGUUCUUGCUGUAUCCGUGGUGGUUGGUUUGCUUUUUCUGCUCGCCCUGGUUAUAGGGAGUCUGAUGUGCUGCAUCAGAAAAAGGCCACCCACAAAAAGGUUCCUCUCAGCGGCCUCAGGACAAUCAAACCCAGUGUUUCAGUCGAGCUUUCCCCGAGGCAGUCCUCGUCUCGGGCCGGCGCACAUCAGCCCGCCUACGUUGUUGGAGUCUUCUGCCAGUCAAGUCUACAAACCUCUGAGCCCUGCUGCUGUCAAACCACAGACCGGAGCUCGAAGGCCCUGCAGAGCAGCUCCAGAGCCUCCCAGGAAAGCUCCAGAUACAUCUCAGUCAUCUAAGGUUCACCAGGUUGCGAGGAUAUUAAUGCAGCCACCAGCUGUUUCCAGUCUUCCAGUAUAUAGUGAGACUAAACCACUACCUCCCACCAGACCACUGCCACCACUUACAUCCAAACCAAAGCCGAAGCCUCCGACGCCUCCAAAGAAGCCCUCCACAGUCCCAUCUUCACUGCCACAUACGCAGCUGCUCGGAGUGAGAGCUGCCCUGGUGCCCUCCAGCAGGCCAAGAUGA